AAAAUGGCAGCGCCCAUAGAUUUCGGCAAUUGGCAAAAAAGUAUCGACAACAUAGCGGAAGAAAGUGAAAGCUCUAAAUAUAUCAGCUCAUUUGAAGUUUUUAAAACAAAUAACGACCGAGUGAACUAUAUUUUCCAGAAGAAACUUUUAAAAAAAGUGGAAUGGCUGCCUGCAUAUUUCACCUCUUGUAAGAGCUGGCAUGGAAAGUCAUCUGAGGUUGCAAGAGUUUGGAAAAAUAAAGGCAACAAAUAUUUUCAACAGAAAAAAUAUCAGGAUGCAGCUAAUUCUUAUACUGAGAGUUGUCUGAAUGCUGAAGUGAAGGAGGAUGUCAGUGUUAGUCUGGGUAAUAGGUCGGCUGCACUAUUUCACCUGGGGUUGUAUAAGGACUGUCUGAUAGACAUCAGCAGGGCAGUAGAACAUGAUUUCCCACCAGAGUCCAUGCACAAACUGUUGGCCAGGAAAACAUCAGCCCUAAUCAAGCUGGGCCAGAAACAGGAAGCUGAAGAGUGUUUCCAGCAGUUAUCUUCCUUUGUCCAGAGUGAAAGCUUCAGUCUACAGGGGUCAAGGAGAGAAGAGUUUAUGAAAGAGGUGGACCAGCUUAAGAAAUUGAAACAAGAAUUAAAAGAAGAAAGAAGCUCCCAGGACAGAAGUCUAAAGGAAAUUCCCUCAGUGUAUGUUGGCAUCAAUCCCAUUGUACGUCAGGCAUCAAAGGCUGUUUCCCUAUCUGUUACACCUGAGAAGGGACGUCAUCUUUUGGCCAGCAGAUUUAUCCCCAAAGGUUCCACCUUGAUUGUGGAACGUCCAUUUGCUGCUGUACUGCUACCUGAUCACUACCAGACACACUGUCAUCAUUGCUUCUCUCCCUUGCCACACACACCCAUUGGCUGCGAGCAGUGCACUUCUGUCAGAUUUUGUAACGAGUCAUGCAGAGAGGCUGCCUGGGAUUUAUAUCACCAGAUAGAAUGUAGAUACUUAGAUCUUUUCCAUUCAGUUGGUAUUGCUCAUUUAAGUUUACGUAUUAUUUUGACUGCUAAACUCAAUUUUCUUGAAGAGUUUCUCAGAGAUGAGCAGCAGUACAGACUGUCAGAUGACCCACUGACCAGGGGUCUCAACUCCGAGGGGGUCUAUGACCGCAGCUACGUGGCUGUGUACGACCUCAUGACACAUGAGGAGUCCACAGAACCACUGGACCUGCUACAGUAUUCUAUGACAGGAGCUCUUCUGCUUGUGACCCUGACUCAUGCUGGGUACUUCAAUAAGCUAAGCUGCUCUGACUCUCUGGCAGCUUCUAUGUUGGGGGAAAAUGGAGACAUUCAACAGAUACCAUCAGAGGUCUUAAACAUUGGAGGCCUUCUCCUGCGACAUAUUCUGCAGCUGGUGUGCAACGCCCACGCCAUCACCACUCUCCAAGCUGGACCUGGGUCAGACAGCAGGACACUGGACACAGAGCAGGUUCGCAUAGCCACAGCCAUCUACCCAACCGCCAGCUUAAUGAACCAUUCCUGCGACCCUACAAUCAUAUCCAGUUUUGUUGGUGAUGUCCUAGUGGUGAGGACAGUGAAAGAUGUCCCUAAAGGGGAGGAGAUUUUUAACUGCUACGGGCCCCACUGUUGUCGCAUGAGACGGGAAGAGAGACAAGAGAUAUUGAAAUCUCAAUACCAUUUUGUCUGUCUGUGUGCCCCCUGCUCAGCUGGGGAUGUCAUCAAUGAGAGGUUUGGGGCCUACAAGUGUCCAGCCUGUGCUGGCAUCCUGUCUGGCAGCUCAUGCCAGGAGUGUGGACAUCUGGUCAGUGACCAGUUUGUUGAAAACUUGAAAAAACGCAUGAAUGAAACCCAAGAAAAAUGUGACGCAGGCAUGAAGCUAAUGGCCUUACAAAAGUUUGAAGAUGCCCUGGUUGCCUUGAAGAAAUGCAAGAAAGAAAGACUAGAGUUUCUCUACAAGGACCACAGAGAUCUGGCCCUCUUAGAAGAUGCCAUUGCUCGUUGCUAUGCCAACCAAGGAGAUUUCUCCAAGUCAGCUGAUCAUUUGUUUAAGAGUGUGAAAUUUGCUGAGCAGAUGUAUGGCAACAAGAGCAUUGAAUACGCCCAUGAGCUGAUGAAGCUGGCUGAGGUACUCUUCAAUGCCGAGAGGUUCCGAGAGUGUCUGGGCGUAGCUGACCAGUGCCAGGGGCUGUUCACCAGCAUGUACCCACCCGGGCAUGAGUUAGUUGACCAGGUCACUGACCUGAGAGAGGCAGCGCAGUUGGCCUUGAACCCAAUGAUGCAAACAAGUUGAGACUGGUGACAAGUCAUUAAAACAGACAGUGUUGUAGCAUUAAUGAUAACCAUUAAACAGUAAAACAGACACCUAAAGGAUCUGCUUGUGAGAGUAUUGCUGCUACCUAACCUUGGCAUUACCCUAACAAUGAUCCAGCCAUUGUUUAAUGCAGUAGGCUUAUUGCCUCCUAGAUAGGAAAUAAAUAUCAACCAUAAAAUAUAGAUUGGAUGUGUACAUAUCAAUCCUUUGAAACUUGGAUUGGAUAUGUAGAUAUUCAUAUCUGCCUUUGUUUUUUAAUCACACCUUUUUGUUACUGUUAUUAUUGCAAAUAAAAAAUGAUUUACAUUC